ACUAAAAAAACAUCGAAACUUUUCAUUAUCUAAAAAGUGAAACUCUUAAUAACUGAACGAAGAUCUCGGGAUACACUGUUAUUUAUAUUAUAUUGUAAUGUAAAAGUGUAAUUCAGUAAAAUUCAUACAUACGAAAAUGUUGGUCAGAAACCUAACAAGAUCACUGUGGAGCACCCUAAGAGUCGAGAAAAGAUUUUUGGCUUCAGAACCUGUGAAACCUGCUACUCUAGAUAAGGAUGGUCUGGAAUUAGCCCAGGCAGAAGCUUUAGAUAAAGAUAUUUGCCUGCUAGUUGAUGAAAAGGACAACUUCAUAGGAACGGCUACAAAGAGAGAAUGUCAUAAAGUAGGACCUGAUGGCGAUGUGCUACUCCAUAGAGCAUUCAGUGUUUUCCUCUUCAACAAGAGAGGUGAUAUGUUCCUUCAGAGGAGAUCAAGCCAAAAAGUAACAUAUCCCGAUUACUACACAAAUGCUUGCUGCAGCCAUCCACUGUACAUAGAUGAGAAGCCCGAGGAAAUCAUAACGGCAGCCAGACGUAGGAUGAACCAUGAACUGGGAAUCCCGCUUGAUCAGUUGGACCCGGAACUGUUCACGUUCAUGACCCGCGUGCACUAUCACGACCCGGGUGAUGGAGUGUGGGGCGAACACGAGAUCGACCACAUACUGUUCUUCCAAAGCGACGUUAAGGUCAAGCCGAACUCGGACGAGAUCUCGGAGUAUUGUUUCGUGCCCAAAGCAGAGUUUAAUUCGUUCCUUCCAACAUUGGAGGGUCCGAUAACGCCGUGGUUCAACAUGAUCCGCCGCCACCGAUUAAAGCUCUGGUGGGACAACUUGCACCGCAUCAAAGAGCUCGCCGAACCGGAGAAAAUACAAAAAUUUGUUGAUAAAAAAUAACGUAAGUCUAAAGUAAAAAUGAUGAGUGUAACAAUGGUAGGUAAGUCGGAAACGUGGGUGCCGAGGAAUUUGAAGAAUAGGUUUUUAAUAAUAUUAUUUCAACUGAACACAUGAAUUUGGUGUUUUAUAAAGUCUUUGUUUCCUCCUUCGAAACUGGACUUUUUUCUCAAUAAUACUUAAACCCUUUGACUGCCAUAUAGAUCACCGGUGCCCUCCGCAGAGAGCUGAAGUAACUAUGUCGAUUUCUGUUACUAAUGCUCCUGGAUUGCCUAAAUUUACCUUCUUUUGUUUUUAAUGUAUGUUUUUGUCUUUUAGGUCUCUUAGAUUAAUUCUCAGUAUCUUCGUAUUAGUCUUUCCCAGAACUACUAGAUACUCCGACGCCUUAGUAACAGAAAUCGACAUAAAUACCUUAGUGCGCCACGUAGGGAACCAGUGACUUACACAGCAGUCAAAGCGUUAAGAACCUAACAAAUGUGUUUUCUGAAUGUCUGACAACGGAAAAAAUAUGUGUGGUUUUUGUAUAUUCAGAAAGUUCUGGAAUACUUUUCAAAAAUGUCAAACAGACUUCAUUACGUGUUCUAGUAUCGGUCUAUAGGGAAAUGAGUUGAUUUCAAUAAUUAUAUUAUGUUUGGAUGGAAAACGACACGUCGACACCCGCGUUUCCUACUAAGAGUAAUAAGUAAUAUAGAUUUUGUAUCAGUGUUUUAGCAAGUGUACCCUUUUAAAACUAAAUCUAAUUUAACACCAAUGUACGGGUCCAUUCUAUAUGAGUAGACAAGGUAUGUCACGUGACCGGGAGGAAAAAGGUUUAUUAAAUGGAAAAAACGAUAUUUUCAUCAUUACCGUAGAUUGGGGGAAAUCGGGACCCUUUCCAAAUCCAACACAAAAUUUCAAUUGUUUUUCUUAGGGUAAUACCAAUAAAAUUGAAUUUAAAAUGCUUCCGAAGACUUAAUUUUUCAUAUACGCUGCGUUAUUAUACAUAGUUUAUUACAAAAUAUGUAUACACAAAAAAUGAAAAAACUAGCUUGACCAGAUUCAC